AGUUUAAACCGGGAAGAUGGCGGGUGUUCCUGAAACAGUGCUUGUAUCCGCCCCGCAGGAUCAAGAUGUCCAGGCUGCCUCAGACUCCCAGGCCACAGCAGCAGCCUCUCCCCUAGAGGACUUCCGAGUGCGCUGCACCUUGAAGAAGGCCGUGGUGGAAGUGAUGGAGAUGUGCGGUCGCUUCGUACAAGGGCUCGGGGCCGCGCUGCCGGAGGACAUCCGCGAGCUCGCGCUGCGGGACGCACAGUGGACUUUUGAAUCGGCUGUGCAGGAGAAUGUCAGCAUUAAUGGACAGGCUUGGGAGGAAGCGACAGAUCAUUGUUUUAUGGAUUCUGACAUUAAAGUGCUUGAAGAUGAAUUUGAUGAGCUCAUAGUAGAUGUGGCGACAAAGCGGAGGCAGUAUCCCAGAAGGAUCCUGGAGAGUGUCAUCAAAACCUUGAAAGCACAGCAUGCGAGUCUGAAGCAGUAUCACCCUGUUGUACAUCCUCUGGACCUGAAAUGUGAUCCUGACCCAGCUUCUCGUGUGGAAGAUUUGAAAUGCCGCGGAGAAACCAUAGCUAAGGACAUGAGUGAGGCCAUGAAGGCUUUGCCCGUGUUAAUUGAACAAGGAGACGGCUUUUCCCAGGUCUUAAAGAUGCAGCCUGUCAUCCAGCUGCAGAGGAUCAACCAGGAAGUCUUCUCCAGCCUUUACAGGAAAGCAGAUGCCAAGUCUGACAAAUAUGUGACACAUGUAGAAACCACACCAACUGAGACUGUACCCAGGAAGGCCUCCAACAUUGUGCUAAAGAGAAAGCAAGCCCCAGACUGCGCCCAGAGAAAGUGCUACCCGCUGCAGCUGAAGAGAAUUAAUCUCGAUAUGUGAGCUCUGGUGGCGACCUGAAAGUCAGUGUUGUCAACAUUUGGGUCACAGUCUGAUGCCUGGGUGACUUUAUUUAAAGUAACUGACUCUGUUCAGGUACAGUGUACUGUUGGGAUAUCCGGGAAUACGGCAGAGGCCUAUGCUUCUUCCCUUGAGUCCCUGUGCAGUAGGUGAAAUGAAUUUCCAGUCCUGCACAGACCUGUUGGUGGCCUCAGAUGACAGCAGCUCUUGGCUGCCUUGCAGCUUUCGAGGCGUUCCAGGGAUGUGCUCCAGGGGUUUGUGCUGCACAGCUCUCUCUGUGAAGCUCUGAGGUGGUUCCCUGUGGCUUAAGCUGGCAUUGGCUCUGCAAGUGCAUUUCUAGGCAGUUUAUUAGAUGGAUGCACAGAAAGUGGGCCUGACCUUAGGUUUGUUCCAUGGUCAUUAAUUUGAGGUUUUAGAGUUUUGUAAGAUAAAUGAGAAGGCUAUUAUUUGUGCAGGAAAUAUUCUUAAAAAGGAAACCUGGGGCACAGAGCCGCUAUUUCUUGCCUAUGUUUUCAUUUUCAUUUUUCAUAAAUCUUUGAACAUAAUUUGACUGGAAGCUGAUAGUUUCUUUUAAAGUCCUUAUUUCCAAAUAGAUCCUUCCAGUUCAAAGUACACACUAGGAUUGGUUGACAUGUCAUUUAUCACAGAUCUAAGCAGAGUACACUGCUCUAGUUAUGGACAUUUGUAUAUCCGAGAUGGAGUGUCAGACUCAGGCGGUGUCAGCAAACUUACACUGAGAUUUGAGCAGUCUCUUACAGCAUGCCUGUGUCUCUUACCCAGUGCGUUGUAGACAGGGCCUCCAAGCUUGCCUUUGGGUGAUUAUACUUUUGUCCAUUUUCAGAGGAAUUUACUGAUCAUGACUUGCCAAUUCUGUAUUGCUUUUGUUCGUUAUGUCCCAAUGAUCGUAAACAUCUUGGUUUGUCUGCUUUUCUCAGUUGGGAAAGUUAUAUGGUGAUGCUGUUCUAUGGAACUUAGAUUCUCUUUUAGUUAAAAUUUUAUUUGAUUUUGUGUUAAUAAUUGUAUGGAGCAGUGUUUGAGUUUUUAAAGUAAUGUAUAAAGACCAAAAUCUCUGCACUGUAGCUUUCCCAGCUAACAGGGCAUUCUUGGUACUGGGUUUUGUGGGUGAGCAGGCUGGCGCUCUGCAUUUCAGAGUGAACUAGUUCUCGCCCUAAAGCCACUUGGUGACUCCAGAAGGUGACUGUUGGUACUGUGCCUCUCAUGGCAUUAAAGUACUAUGAAUGAUUUUGCUUGAGAAGUGCCCAAAUAGUCAAGGCUAGGACAGCGGGCUGGGAGGCAAUAUGGUGGGAUGCCACUGAACCGAGAGCUAUAUAUAGUAAGAUGAGAGAAUGAGCUUGGGGGCGUCCCCCUAGGGAUCUACAGAGUCAAAUCGUGAAAGGCCUCUUUCCACACAUGGGCUAUGACGUCAUGCUCAGAGGAGUUUGGAGUGACUGACACUCCAAUACCAGUGUGACUUGAGCCUGUGGCUUAAGCACUCACUUAGUAGUAAGCUCUGAGAGGUGUUUUGUCCUCAGUGUAGAAGCUAGCUGAUCAGAGAACCCCAAGGAUCCUUGGGGCCCACUUACAACUUGAGUUCUUAAUGGGGGUUCUCUUCCCAGCAGGUCUGUGGCAAUUGUGAAGAUGUUUUUGCCUAUCAUAACUUAAGGUGUGUGUGUGGGGGGGGAGGUAGAGGUGUAUCACUCAUCUACUGAAUAGAUGUCCCGAUGGCUGGCAUGGCUAGCCAUCUGUCCCAAGACCAGUGAUGCUGCGGUGGAGGAGCCUGCUGAGGAGGGGACAAACCCACAGCAUAAUGUGGCGUGGUCAUUAUAGCUCUCCCAGCCAGGCUGGGAGAUGUUGUUUGUCUUGGUUGUAUAGUUACUGCUUGUCCACAUAUCCCACUGUCAGCCUUCAUAAGACAAACUGCAAUGUAUGAUCUUACUAUAUAAAACCAGACUAUAGAAUACAUGUAAAAAAAAAUCCACAAAUAAAAAAGAAAUGUUAAUUGUAAUUAC